CUCAAACCUCAAUCAAAAGGGAUUUCGAUAAAGAUUCACUUUGCGCCGGUUGCACCGGCUGUUAAUACACAAUCUAGACCCUUUUGCUAGCCCGUGCGACCCUCAGAUCCCAUCCCAAACUCUCUUAUCAUCCACCCCCGCCUCAUCCCUUCCUGGCGCCCUCCGCUGCCUUCCCUCGAUCGCCUGUUUUAAUUGAGCUCCUUAUCAGCAUGGACGACUCCGAUGAUUCAGCUUCGGAUGUCUCCGAGACAAUUCUCGAGCCUUUCGAGGAAGAUGAACUCCCCCGUUUGCCAGACGACAUUGUUGAGGAUCUGACAGACCCCAUCAUUGAUCUCUUGAGUGAUGAAAUCUCUCUAUCUCCACUCACUUUAGAUGAUGGUACGCCUUCCAUCAAGCCGAGGCCAUACCAGCUUGAAAUUGUUCAAGAAAGUUUGAACAAGAAUAUCAUCAUUGCUAUGGACACAGGCAGCGGCAAAACUCACUGCGCAGUGAUGAGGAUCCAGUAUGAGCUCGAGCGUAUCCUUCCCAGCCAGGUUAGUGCGGAACUCGUCUGGUUUCUCGCACCUACAGUAUCUCUUUGCUCUCAGCAAUACGAAUACAUCGAAUCCCAGCUCAGUGCAGUGCAAGUGAAGUUCCUCUCAGGCGCCGAUGGUGUAGAGCGCUGGACUGAGCAGAGUCUCUGGGAUGGCGUGUUGAGAAACGUACGCGUGGUUGUCUCGACUUACCAAAUUCUUCUCGAUGCUCUCACGCACGCCUUUGUGAAGAUGGAUCAAUUGGCCCUAAUCGUCUUUGAUGAAGCGCAUAAUUGUGUAGGGAAGCAGGCUGGGGCGAAAUUGAUGCAGAAUUUCUAUCACAAACGGAAGUCACAAGGCCUCUCUAUUCCGCACAUCCUAGGGCUUACAGCUUCGCCAGUGAUGAAAUCAGACCCGCUCUCCGUGGCCAAAAUCGAGGAAACCCUUGACGCCAUUUGCAGAACUCCCACAAAACACCGUGCAGAAUUGAGGCUUCAGGUCAAGCUGCCAGUACUCUCGCAAGUAUCUUAUCAACCACUUACUUCCGAAAGCUCACUCGAAAGUUAUACAAGAACCAUCGACAGCUUAGGCCGGGCCUUUAGAGGCCUGAAGAUAUCCGAGGAUCCGUAUGUCAUCGGCCUACUUGAGGAGAAUACCGAUAGAAGCCGAAGAAAACUUGCAGAGAUUCGACUGAAUCGGAAGACAUGGUGCCACGACCAGAUGAAAAGUUUCUACGCAACCACCCUCAAAAUCUGCAGUGAGCUUGGAGCUUGGGCAACCGACUACUAUGUUUCUCAAGUCAUAGCUAAAGUGAUGAAAUCGGCAGUUGAAUCUGGUCCAUCUGUUGGCAUAUGGGACCUCGCAACUGCAGAGAAGCAAUACCUAGCAAAGACAUUAAAGGGAGUUGAUAUUUUCGGCCACACUGCUUACGAGACACCAGCGAGCAUUCCUCUUGUGACAGAUAAGGUGAGGAAGCUAAUUGAGAUUCUGGUUCAAAUGUCAAAGUCAACCACAUUUUCAGGCAUUGUUUUUGUGCAGGAAAGAGCUCUGGCAGCAGUACUUGCUCAUCUCCUUUCGGUCCAUCCCGAGACGCGCGAUCUGUUCCGCAUCGGAACAAUAGCUGGCACGUCAGCCAACAGUCAUCGAGCUCAGAGUAAGCUUAUCGGAGAGCUCAUUGACGUAGACUCGCAGAAGACCGACUUGUCGCUCUUCAAAUCAGGCCGAAUAAACCUGGUCAUAGCAACGUCUGUGCUCGAGGAAGGAAUCGAUGUACCAUCAUGCAAUGCUGUGCUCUGUUUUCAGAAACCAGCCAAUUUGAAAUCGUUUGUGCAGAGACGUGGGCGUGCUCGACACCGAGAUUCCGAGCUCGUCCUUCUCCUUGAAUCGACUGACAAAGGAACUGAAUGGCAUCAACUUGAAUUGGCUAUGAGGAAAAUUUACGAGGACGAAAUGCGAGUUUUGGAAGAAACCCUACUUCGAGAAGAUGUUGAAGAGCACGGCAAUAGGACCUUUGAGGUUCCAAGUACCGGUGCACUGCUCGAUUUUGACAACGCCGUCUCGCACCUCUACCACUUUUGCUCGAGGUUACCAGCCAAGGACUAUGUAGACUUGCGCCCUGAAUUCAUUUGCGAGGAGAGUGAAGGGCUCGUCCAAGCCAAGGUUAUACUCCCUCUGUCAGUCAUUGAAGAAGUUCGAACCACCGAGAGCGAACAAUUGUGGAUGUCUGAGAAGAAUGCGAUAAAAGAUGCCUCUUUCGUAGCCUAUAAGGCUCUUCACCACGCAGGCCUAGUCAACGACAACCUACUUCCCCUUCUACCACACGACUCGGUCACGGAUGAGCUGAUAUCAUCUUCAGUAGAGAAGAGAGCGUCGAUUGUGAAUGUUCGUGAGCAGUUGAACCCCUGGGUCGAAAUUGCAAGAGCUUGGCAGAGUUCGGAAGGCACCGUAUAUGAAGCCAAAAUUACAGUAGGAGAACUGCAGAUGAAGACCUGGCUCCCUACUCCGGUACCGAAAUUUUCACCUUUCCACGCCUAUUGGAAUGCAGAGACAACCUUUACUAUUUCUCUCUCGACUUCGGCUUCAAUUACAAUCAAUGUGGAGACCAUGUUGAAGGCCUGGAAUGACACCUGGGCACUGUUGGACACUGCGUUCGGAUCGAGGUUCGCUAUUCAACAAAAACGAGUUAUCAUGCCAUUCUUCUCAAAUGUCGAUAUUUCUCAGAUACAGCAGAUGGGACGGCAACCCGUCACAAACGACAUUCAGUUCAAGCAUGAACCAGGCUUGAUCAGAGACAAAUCGGAAUGGCAAGUUGCAUACGUCUUCCGUGAGCUUCUCUCGAACAAGCCUUCUCUUCACAAAGUCCAGAAUCCUUACGAGCAUUUUGAGGAUACUCAGGAUGGACCUCACCUUUCUCUUAAGAGACUCCCUCGACGCUUCGAUUUCCUUCACAAAGUCGUGCCUGGAAAUGGCACCUUGUCAAACAAGACGCAUUCGGCUGUUUUGCCAGUUGAAAGGUGUACAGAAGACAGCAUUCCUUUCAAAUUUGUGCAAUUUGGCUUGCUUAUUCCCUCUAUCAUGCACCGCUUCUCAGUAUAUCUCCUUGCCCAAGCCUUAUCAGCAACGUUACUCAGAGACGUCGGUAUCUCAGAUCUCAACCUGAUUGUCACAGCUCUUAGCGCUUCCAGUGCCAAUGAAGCGUCCAAUUAUCAGAGGUUAGAAUUUCUAGGCGAUUCGAUUCUGAAAACCUGCACAACAGUCCAAUUGAUGGGAGAAUAUCCUUUGUGGCACGAAGGCUAUCUCUCUGCGAAGAAAGACCGCGUUGUAUCGAACUCCAGACUUUCAAGAGCCGCCAUCGAAGCUGGUCUCGACUCCUUCAUAAUCACUCAAUCCUUCAAGGGGCACAAAUGGCGGCCCGUUUACAUCGAUGACAUGCUUGAUCCACCCCUCGACGCAAAAAGAGAUAUGUCUACGAAAGUUCUGGCUGAUGUUGUAGAAGCCUUGAUCGGUGCUGCCAUGGUGGAUGGUGGUAUACCCAAAGCUCUGGUGUGCAUGCAGGUAUUUCUCCCAGAAUUGGAAUGGACGCCGUUGGAAAUACGCCGAACAUACCUAUUUCAACGCACACCUGAUGUUGACUUGCCAGCAACUCUACAGCCUCUUGAGGCUCUCAUCGGAUACAAUUUCAAGAAAAAGGCGCUUCUAGUGGAAGCCAUGACGCAUGCCUCUUAUAAGAGUGGCUCCCAGUCUCUUGAGCGGUUUGAAUUUCUUGGCGAUGCGGUGCUUGACUACAUUGUUGUCAACGCCAUGUAUCGGGACGCUGAGCUUUCUCACAUUCAGAUGCACCAUCUGCGAACAUCGCUUGUCAACGCCGACUACCUCGCUUUUUUGUGCAUGGAGUGGAGCAUUGAGCAAGAAGCUAUCGACGUUGAGCCUGAUACAUCGACUCUGGAUAAGAGAGGCUUACCAAUAUUCAAGGAAAAGGCCAGAAAGGUGUCAUUACCACUCUGGCGCUUCCUUCGCCAUGCAUCUCCGAGAUUAGGUGCUGUUCAGACCGUGACUGCUGAUCGUCAUAAAGGGCUGAGGGGGCAACUCAUUGAAGCUUUCGAAACCGGGACUCAAUAUCCUUGGGCUCUUCUUGCACGCCUGAAAGCUCAAAAGUUCUUUUCUGAUAUGGUUGAGUCUCUUCUUGGCGCUAUAUGGAUUGAUUCUGGAUCCCUGGAAACCUGCACUGAGGUCGUUGAGAGGAUGGGCAUAUUGCGGUACUUCAGGAGAAUGUUGAAGGAUGGGGUGGAUGCUUUACAUCCUAAGGAAGCGUUGGGCAUGCUGGCAGACACCGAGUCAGUUCGGUAUGUUAUUUCCUCGAGGAUUCGAGAGGCGGAUGAGAGUAGAGAGUUUCUGUGUACAGUGUUUGUUGGUGAUGCUCAGGUUGUGGAAGUCAGUGGUGGUAUUAGCCCGGAGGAGGUGAAGGUGACUGCUGCUGAGGCUGCAGUCAGAAUUUUGUUGAAGGCAAAGGAAGCUACCAUGGACAUCGAUAUGAAGGAUUAGGUGGGGAGUUACGAUUCAUGGGAAUUCGGGGUUCAAGAACUGGCGUUUUGGGGGGACAGGAAAAGUGGCACUUUUUUUAACGUUCCAGGAGCUGGACAAUUAAAAAUGCAUUUCCGAAGAAUUCUCGCCUGAGUUGUGC